UCAUUGGGGAAACGUCUUUGCUUGGAAGAUGUCCAGCAGCUACUAGUAGCUACAGCAGUAAGGAAAACGUACGCGAAAUUCGACAACGUUUGUAGGCUUGUGGUAGCAUUCAUUGGUUCCUCUCAGGCGAACAGGUGAACAAUUGGUUUAAAGCGUGUGAUCGGCGAUCAUUCUUACGUCCGUUUUGUACGUGAACCAUAUGGUACAGAGCCAACGAGUGCCCCGAAGGACAACAGGGAAGUGGCAGUUGCCUCCAGCGUGAUCGCCGUCCAGGCGCCUGAAACACAAACAUGGGGACCUUCGUGGGCCACAUACUGCCCGGAAGCUUCACCUUCCUCUUCGGAACAUGGUGGACCUUUGCGGUGUGGCGCAACUACGUCCGCAGCAGGAAGAAGAAGCAACGCUACGUGUGCCGUUGCUCGUACGCGGUUCCCUGUCUUCCCAGGAAAUUGAGCGUCGAAGGCAUCGUCAAGAUCAUCGGCUCCUGCGCAUGCAUUCUCAUGGAGUGUCCGGCCCCUUUCAGACGCCAGUACCUAGCUGAUGAGAGUAUACAGCACCUGUCCAUCUUCGUGCUCUUCCUGCUCAACGGUGUCGUGGACGUCAUGUACAACGCCGGGUUCCCGCUCCCGCCACACACGGACUACGCGACGCUGCUGCUCACCAUCGCCUCUGAGGGCCUGCUGCUCCAUUUUCACCUGCACGGAAGGUCACAUCUCGACGUCGUGAUCCAUACGCUCUUGGUGUACACCGUGGUUGCACUGGUGGCCUGCCUCUUAGCCGAGAUGUGCCGACCUCGAAGCGUUCUGGCGUCUCUGGGUCGAGCUUACUUUGCCCUACUGCAUGGGACGUGGCUAUGUCAGAUCGGCUUCAUCCUUUACAGUCCGCUGCCCGGAUACAAACCCUGGGACGUUAACAGCCACAGGGACUUGAUGUUGGCCGCCAGCGUAUACGCGUGGCACAUAAUGGCUGUGCUGGUCUACGUUGGCGCGCUGGGUGCUGUGGCAUGGGUGGUGAACCGAAUGUGCGGCAGGUUCUGCCAUGACGUCGUCUCCGGGGUUAUGGAGGAGGCUGAUGACCUCCGUGAAGCCUUCAUAAAGCGUAACGUGUGAAGUUGAGCGGGAGGGGACCCUGAAAUGGACCGCGGCUGAUGCUGCGGGCCAAGGAUGAUCUUUAACACCUUUCCAAGUAACCAUCGAAAGGAUUCAUUCCUCAAAGUUCAUUGCCUCAUUAGUCGACCGCCGCAAAAAUGUUUUAGAAUCUGUCAACAGCGAGGGGGGCUACAUAGAUUUGCGCAUCCUGUAAUUGCUUUCUCUCUUCUUUCGUCCCGACGAACGCGCUGUAAGCUAAGCAGGGAGGGAUGGCACGGGGGAAACAAGUGAAGCCACGCGCGUGUCAUGACCUUAAGAACUUUCUCUUUUUUCUAGUUGAACGCGCGGCUAACCUUGAGUGGGAUCGCGAGCGCGCGGGCCUCCCGCGGCGGGCGCAGUAACUAUUCAGCCCACAUUGCUCAAAUCAGCCAAUGGCCGUGGAUUUGGGAAUAUGGCAUGGUCAUUUGAGUAUAUGCUAUCAUUUGUAGAGGGAAAAGGGGCGAUUUUAGCUGAUUUUGAGAAUUAACUGUAAAUUCCAGGGCGGGUAUAGCGCUAUAAUUUUUGGCUCGCUUGUUCUCAGGAGCCUCGGCUACCAAUCGACAGCGUUUUCUGACCGUGCUGAUAAAGUGUUGCAGGGCCCCUUUAAGCUAAUUACAGAUGCAAAGAUAAUGCCAUCUCUUGAACUAUACUGUAGAAACAGCACGAUAACAUAACCGAGCUGCGCCACCCUGAGGUGGUAUCUUAAUUGAUGCGAUCGGUUUCGGCGACACACUUACUUGGGAGAAAAGUUCAUGGUAUUAUACCGGGUGUAUUGGCACCAGCAGGAUCCAAUGUUUCUAAACAGCCGUUUUCGUACCGUUGGCAUAGUGGCAAACUGCUGCGACACAAGGACAGUCGUACGCACCCGUCGGCAGUAUCGUGAAAUCUUACGAAUAUGAAGGCGUCAACGAAUGUGGCCCUUUCCAGAAUACGACUCAUGAGCAGCAUAAGGAUUAAUAGUCCCCAAUAUGGAAGUCAUGUCAGGUCUGGUGGUGCCAGUAGGCAAGAAGGGGCAGCUCUAGAUUUAGAAUAGUGUGUCUCAGGGGCAGGGCUAUUUGAGCUCUUAAUUACAUUCUAUUGAAUUACUUUCUAUUUGAGCUCUUAAUUACUUUCUUGGUGAGUCUUUUUGCCGCGAAUUUAUAUCAUUGUGCACUUUUUUUUCUCUUAUCAAAUAAAAACGUUACCGGAUUUGCAUAUAAUGCCA